AUUAAGUGAGGGCGGAAGAUGGCGGCGGCCGGGACGGGUCCGGGAGACCCGGACGGGGGGUCCGAGGGGUCAAAUCGCGAUCGGAGUGCUUUUGAGUGCAAUAUCUGUUUGGAGCCCGCAAGAGAAGCAGUCAUUGGUCUCUGUGGCCAUUUAUACUGCUGGCCUUGCCUUCACCAGUGGCUAGAAACACGGCCGGAGCGUCAGGAGUGCCCCGUAUGCAAGGCAGGAAUCAGCCGCGACAAAGUCAUCCCGCUCUACGGUCGUGGCAGCUCGGCCCAGCAGGAUCCCAGGUUGAAGACACCUCCCCGGCCACGGGGGCAGCGGCCGGAGCCCGAGUCCCGAGGGGGCGUGGGCGGCUUCCCCGAUGCAGCCACCGGCUUCCAUAUGGCGUUCGGCAUCGGCGCGUUCCCCUUUGGGUUUUUUGCUACCGGCUACAGUGGCCCGGGAGAAAGAGCAGAGGCGGAUAUUGUCAGGCCCUCGAGCUGGCAGGAUUCUCUGUUUCUCUUCAUCGCCAUCUUCUUUUUCUUCUGGCUGCUGAGCAUCUGACCGGAUCCUGCUGGACUUGCCCUACUCUAAAGACUUCAGAACUGGACAUGAGGGCUUUGAUACGAGGGGGGGGGAGGAGAAGGGGAGGCCAGAGGGGGGGGGGAGCUCUCUCCAAGUUGCACAGGCUGGGCAGGAGGGGUCAUGAGGAUGUAAUUUAGGCAUGACGUUUCUCUGGCAGCCCCUCCCCCCCCCCACAAGUGUGUGUGUUCCCAUCUAAAGCAGAAUUAAAGUAUGUAAUAGGACUACUUUGGAGAUUCGAAAGGGGAGGGAGGGGGGAGAGUCCCGUGAGUUAAUCAAGAGGGGGGAAUCUUCUUAUUCUCAAACAGAAGAACGGUUCUUCCCCCUUUUGAUUUUUUUUGCGGGCAGGGGAGCUCAGUCGGAAAGAUUUGGGAGGGCGUGAAGGGGGGCGGCCGUCUGUUUCUCGGAGGACUGCAUUUCGGCCCUCCAGAUGCUGUGCUGCUCAUCCGCUACUUGCACAUCUGUGGGGGUGGAGGGUUUGCAGCCUUGGUUUAUUGUCGCUACAGGUGAUUCCUAAGGGAGAGCGUAAGAGGGCUGAUGGGCAGUUUUUCUUGGACGUCGUGCUCCGUUGUUGCGUUUAUCCCCCUUCACUGUAGUUUGUGGCUUACAUGCCGUCCAUUGCUGGAGCGGGCACCGUACAGAAACUGGAAGUGCCCUUUGCCCCAUCUCUUACAUGGUUGUAACUCAUGAGGGACAGGGGUUUGGUUGGGUGGAGGGAAUGUCCCUUUUCUCUCCAUAAAUGCACAUGUCCAAAAACUUAUGCAGAGUGGGGACAAUGACAGAAAGAUGGAGGUAUUCAGCGGAGCAGGGGAGUCAUUCUUAGAAGCCCCCCAAAUUGGCACAUCUGUCCUGCCAUUCCAGUUGCCAACCACUGGAUUAUGAAUAGCUUUGGCAUGUACGAUCCACCCCCCCCCCCCCCAAAAUAUGGUAACAGAGGCCCCUCAUAGCUUGUUCUCUGGAACAUGAGAGUUUUUCUGCUGUUGCAAAGAGGCCAGCUAGUCGAGUUGGAACAGUGAAUUACAGGGUGGUAUUCUGUUUGUGGGUGCAGUAGGGUGGGGGGGGGGUUCAUCAUGUCUGGGGGUGGGGGGGAGAUCCCAGUUUUGGGCUGUGGCACGUUGGGAGAUAUCUUUUUUCCUCAAAUGACAGUAUUUCAUGGUCCAGAAGUCUCUGUGAAAAUUCAACUUUUUUUUUUUGAGUGAAUGAGCAGAAAUUUGGUGUAAAUUUAAUCGAUGCUGUAAUUAAAUUAACCACGAUUCUUA